AUGAUGAUGUGCCGUCUGCUGUGCGCCCUGUUGGUGCUUGCCCUGUGCUGCUGCUGCCCGUCCGUGUGCGUGGCAGAGGAAGCCGUUGCUUCUUCCCAGACGACCACGACUACAGCACAGCCACCAGUCCCCAAGGAGGAGCCCGACCCCAAACCUAAUGUAGAUGUGUUCAA